AACAUUUGAUUGAUUGUGUUAAGUCACAUGACACGGCUCCCUGCUUCCUGUCGUGAUGUGUGUAAACAAUGCACAUGGUAUAAUUGAAUGUAGCGAUAUUAUCUGACAGCGUGUUGUAACGAUGGUGAAGUGUAUGGUCCAGAGCUGUAGAAACUACAGAGAUGUGAUACCAGGAGAGCUUCCGAACCGUCCGCGCAAGAGGUUUUUCAGCUUCCCCAAUGAUAAGGCCCGAGUAAGAGUGUGGCUGGCCGCUUUACGCGAGUCUGAGCGCGAAAUCCCAGAGCACCUUCGGAUAUGCGAGGAUCAUUUCUUGACCCAUCAUAUUACACCCAACGGCAUAAGCCCGGACGCGAUUCCCAUCACGCCCCCUUUAGAUGGACUGUUGCUCGACGUGAACGACAAUCAGUCGGCGACAACUGACGAGAGUGGAGCUGUCCCAGAUGAUGACGUUGAUGAGGAAGACGAUGACGAAGAGGAAGACGAUGAUGAGGAAGAACACUCGUUUGCAUAUGGUGGUGCAAAUAUUAUAAGUAAUGAUGUCCAGAGAGCACAUCGCAUGAUCCUAUCUCACAACUAUGAUAUAAACGACUUCAAGCAACCAACAGGUACAACAGGCAUGCAAGUCCAGAAUCGUUCUAACGUCGCUCUUGGACCUCUGACCAAACGCUUCAUGCAGUUACUUCUUUCUGCACCUGGUGGGAUUCUGGAUCUCAAUGAGGCUACCAGAAAACUGGGCGCAAGAAAGAGGCGGGUGUAUGACAUCACCAGUGUGCUUAAUGGCAUCCAUCUGAUCAAAAAGAUGUCCAAAAACAAGAUCCAGCUAUGUUCAGAAACAGUCGGCUCCUGCGGUAGCAACCGGUCGUCUGAACCGAAUUCUGACCUGCUUAAGCUGAAGUCAACCGAGGAAUCCCUCGACUGGCUCAUCAAAGACUGUGCCCAACAACUCUUUGCCCUGACCGACCUCAAGGAUAAUGCUGACUCCGCUUAUGUGACAUAUGAGGACAUCUGUCAGAUUGGAGUAUUCCAAGAUCAGACUAUUGUAUCAAUCAGAGCCCCUGAAGAGACCAAGCUAGAGGUGCCCACUCCCACUGAGAACUCAAUCCAGAUUCACUUGAAGGGUUGCCGGGGCCCCAUUCAUAUACUUACCUGUGAGACUGAGGGACCACGUGAUGCAGUGGAUCCAGCAAACAAAGAAUCAAAGCCUUUGAAACCAGGAUGCUUUAUAACACUAGAGGAGAGCCGGAUACACACACAACCACUUAUAUCAGAUGUUUCAAGCAGUGUAGCAGCUGUACAGAGUGCAUAAGGACCACAAACACUACAAAAAUGGAGACUUUGGUUUACCUCGACUUUGUUGCUCGUAUCGCCGGGCACACAUAUUGAUUCCAGAUUCUAUUGUUUUGUAAAUACAUGAGUAUUUUUUAUAUUUUGAAAGUUUUCCUGUAGGCAUGAUGCCGACUCAGCUAAACUUGAAGGUCGUUUUUCAAAUUGGUAAAUUCAUGGGCCAUCUGAUAAUGCUGUAACGGAAUUAAAUCAUGGCUGUGCUGGUCGGAAAAAUAUAGAAAUUCUCGCACUUUUUGGACCUUAUGUCCGAAGAUGUCUUUGUUUAUAAAAGAAUGGUUUAUUCAUGUAACUGUUCGAUGUGUAACGUUACUGUGAACUGUUUCAGAACCACAGCUUUGACAUGUUUGUCUUAAUUAUUUUUGUAAAAACAUAUCUUUAGUGCUAAAAAUAAAACCACAACAUUUAAAAUGUA